AUGAAACCAAAUGAUCUGCUGAAGCUAUUUACCUUCAGUGGUUUCUCAGCCUUCACUCUCAGCACUGAACCGAUACUUACCCCACAUGCUUGCAAACUGAGAUUAGUCAUCUAUCGUGUGACCUCCAAGAAGAAUUUGAACACUCCCAGCCAUGUGUUUGCUCGCAUAAAUGAGUUUCAGUUAUUGUUGUAUAACUAUAUUAUUCUAAUAAAUUCAUGCAAACUACGUGAGCUAAAACAUAGCUACAAAGAAGUAAAGAAGGUUAUGGCUGAGAAGUCCAUUGUAACCAUGUCCAUUCAUCAUUUGGGGUUGGUUCUGGUCUUCCAGUCGCCUCGCCCGGGUCGUCUGAUGAUGCUCACUAUGAUGUACAAGGAGCUGGAGAUAAUGUGCAGCUCAGCUGUCAGUCAAAGCUGCUCUCUGGACAUGCUGUUGAAGAAGAUGCAUAAGCAGAUGUCGCCGUCGCACAUGUUAUUGCUGCUGCUGAAACCGCCACCUCUUCGAACUCCCCCGGUGCCUCGGGAACAAAUCUGGGCCCCGGUCAUUGAACUUUCUAUGGGAACCAGACACAAGUUUGCUAACAGCACUGAAUUUACAACCACAGUCUUCUUUUGUCUGGAGCAGUCCUUUUUCAAUACUAAGACUGGUAUAGCACGUCUUUUUGAUGAAGAGUCUGAGAAUGCCUAUGACAUCCGAUUAAAGCUAUCAAAAGACGUUAUCACAAUUCAAAAGCAAGAUGUCGUUUGCGUCAGUGGAAGUGAUUCUGAUUCAAAUCACAGAACUGUUACACUUCGCAGGCAGCCUGUUGGUGGAAUGGGUUUAAGUAUUAAGGGAGGUGCUGAACAUGGUGUACCAGUUGUUAUAUCAAAAAUCUUUAAAGAUCAAGCAGCUGACCAGACUGGGAUGUUAUUCGUUGGAGAUGCUGUGCUGCAAGUUAAUGGUAUUAAUGUUGAAAAUGCAACACAUGAAGAGGUGGUGCACCUCCUGCGAAAUGCUGGAGAUGAAGUGACCAUUACCGUUCAGUACCUCAGGGAAGCCCCUUCCUUCCUUAAACUCCCGCUAGGCUCACCAGGGCCAUCCAGUGACCACAGUAGUGGUGCAUCCUCUCCUUUGUUUGACAGUGGUUUACAUUUAAAUGGAAACUCUACAAAUACCGCACCAUCAUCACCUUCUUCACCUUCAGCUGAUGAACCAAAAUAUGAGAAGCGUUGGCUUGAUACAUUAUCGGUCCCUUUGUCGAUGGCUCGAGUCUCAAGGUACAGAGCUGGAGCAGAUCAAUUAAGGCCUAACACAUUUGAGAUUGUUGCACUGGAUGGAGUGAGCACUGGAAUUUUACAAUUCUACACUGCCCAAGAGAGUGCUGACUGGGUGCGGGCAAUAUCAACCAAUAUUAAUGAUUUGACCCUGCAAAAUAUGAAAAUGGCCAAUAAAUGCUGUCCUUCAAAUGAUCAGAUAAUUCACAUGGGGUGGGUGAGUGAGAAGCUGCUAGGAGCUGAAUCCAAUCAGCUUUACAAGUGCAAGUUUCUGGGACUGAAAGGUUCUUCUCUACACAUAUUCAAUGCUCCACCGGUCAGCAUUCGUGACUGGCUGUGGGCUGAAAAAAUCUACAACCUCUGUGAGAUUCUUUGUAAAGUUCACAAGCUCUGGCUUGCUGAUGAAUGCUGGCUUCAAGCAAACUUAUGUUUAGGUCUUCAUCAGGACUGUGAGCUUCAAGACCAGAGGCCGUACGGUUUCAGUGUUCUGGCGGGUCAAGGCGAGAACCAUUAUUUCUGUGUUGAGAUGGGCAGCGACCUUGCAGUGUGGGAGAAAACCUUCCAGAGAGCAAUUUUUAUGGAAGUCCAGAGAGCAGGAUCUAAGACGUAUGGGUGUACCUGGCAAGGCCAAUCACUUUCCUUCACAAUAGAUUUUGCCGCUGGAUUUACCUGUGUUGAUAGUAACACAAAGAAUGUUAUCUGGAGAUUCAAGUUUUCACAACUCAAAGGAUCUUCUGAUGAUGGAAAAACGUGUGUGAAACUGCUUUUUCAGAAUACUGAUACCCGACAGAUUGACAUGAAGGAAUUGGAAUUCCCUGAUCUGACGGCAGUGUUGCAUUGUAUACAUUCAUUCAUAGCAGCUAAAGUGGCAGCAGUGGAUCCAGUAUUCGUAGACAGUCUGAGUGUUGCACGGAAGUACAUGUAUAGCAGCUGA